AUGCCGAGCAGAGAUUCGCUUGAGGAGGUCCGCUUUGGAUCCGAGGAGAGCAGUACGACCACCGACCCAGCAAGGAUGCUCACGCCGAGCUCGGGAACGGACCCGGGCAAAGGCUUUUCUCAUGUCAUGGACAUGAUCAGCCGCAGGGAGUCAGACGCAAGCGGACCCGCUCGGUUGGCCUUGGAUAUCAUCCAGUCGGAGCCAAAGGACCAUGACAUCAGCUUCUCGGACGGCGGUAAGAUCGUUUUUGAUCGUCUCCAUCUCUUAUACCACGCCGGCUCGACCAUAUACAGCAGCGAUGAAGGCGGUUGGCGAGCGUACAGAAUCGACAAGGUUGAGCGCGCCAGCGGCCCGGCACAUGCAGCGUUCUUACAUGUGCAUGCCUUCUAUGUCAACUUCGAUGAGCCCGGCAAGCGUCUCGUUCCGCAGCACCAGUUGCUGGUGGUGCCGUGGUACUCCUCAGCACGAAGGAUACGGUCUCUCGACUUGUGGUCGGACUGGUACAUCCACAAAACCUACCUCAACCUCCCGAAGAAGCUGUUUGAACGUGGGAAGCACUUUUGGGGAUUGCGUGGGGAUAGGACCAGUGUCGCGAGGAAACUCCAGCCUCUCGAUGUCGGCUGCUUUGGGUCGCUGAAGCAGGCGUAUGGUCGCCAGAUCGAGGGCUUGAUGCGAAUGCACAUCAACUACAGGAGCAAGCUCGAGUUCCUCUGCGCCUUCCGCGAGGCCUUCUUUGCCUCUAUAACGGAGAGAAUAUCCAGGGUGGUUUUUCAGGGGCUGGCCUAG